AUGCAGAAUUACUAAAUUUUAGAGAAAAUUUAUGAAUCAAAGUCUACAAUAAUUCAUAAAGUUAGAAAUAUAAAGGAUAACAACACAUACGCAAUGAAAGAGUUUGUCGGAUUCUAUAACUAAGCUUUAAGUGAAAUAUAAAUAAUGAAGAAAUGCUAAAUACCUUUUGUUAUCAAACUAAAAGAAGUAUUUAGAUUAGAUGAUAAUGUAAUAAUAAUAAUGGAAUAUGCAGAUUAAGGAAAUUUAAAAUAGUUCAUAAGUGAGCAUCUCGGAAGUUUCAUUUCAGAAAGAGUGAUUUGUAAAAUUCUUAUACAAAUCAUGUUUGUUCUGAUAUACUUGAGAGAGAAUAAGAUAUGUUAUAAAGGUUUGAACCCUGAAAAUAUAUUGAUACAUUAGGAAUAAGUUAGGAUUUGUGAUUUUGGAAUUGAUAACUUAAUAUAGCAUCAAAAACCUAGUUACAGGCCUCCAGAAUUGUUAUUUCAGAAUAAUUUUACUUACAAAUCUAUGAUGUAUCAAUUUGGUCUUGUGUUAUAUGAAUUGACUACACAGAGACAAUUAUUUAAGUCUGAGAUAAUAGAGCAAAUCAAAGCAGUUAUUCUUAACGGAGGAGCAAUUGUAAAGAUUCCCUCGAUGUAUUCCAAGGAGCUUCGAUUCAUAAUCACAACUUGCCUUGAUCUUCAAGAAACUGGUAGAUUUGAUAUUCGAGAAUUAGUACACAAUGAAAACUUCAAAAUAUUAUUAAAGUAAAAGCAUUUCACUUUUACCUAUGAAUAAUAAGACACUUUUGAGUUUUGGUGUAAUAGUAAGUAGCAGAAAUAGAACAGGAAGAGUGUUUUUACUGAUAAUUUAGAUUUAGAAGCUAAAGAACCCAAUUCAAAUGGAAAUGAUUAGCAAAUUAUUUAAUAAGAUAAACCAAACAACAAUAAAACUAUUAACAUAGAAUCUAAAAAUAGAAGUAAUCUAAUUAUACCUAAGCUGAAUUAAUAAACAUUAAAUGAAACACUUACUGUUAGACCAAUAUCUUAAUAAACUAAAGGAACUUAAUCUAAUACUAUUAUUAGAAGUAAUACAUUCAGUAGAUAAAAUUUCCCCUCAUUCACUAAUCGAAAAUUGCUUUCUCCAAAACCGAAACCUUAAUUCAUUGACUUCAUCUAAAAACCUCAAUAUUUGGAUGCUCCUACCAAACCAUAAAAUGCUAUAAAUAAUUUAAUCAAACUAAAAAUGGAAUAAUGUGUUGAAACUAUUGGAAUUGAAGAAACUAGAUAAACUCUUAAUAGAUUAAAAUAAGGAGGGUCACUUAAAGAAUUUAUUUCUAAAUAUCAAGAUGCUAAGCAUUAUUGCAUAGCUAGACAUAUGUAAGAUAUUAUUUCAUUUACAUAAUUAUGA